AAAUGGACCACGGCGAUGACCAAGAUUUUCCCAUGUUCGCUCGUCCAGUGUUUUUGGCCAAUCGACCAACUCUUGAAUCUCUUAGCAGUAACGACGGAUCUGUUGCGGAAGAAAAUCCAUUGCGUUCUAUGUCAACUGGCAUACUAAAGUUUCCUGACGACGCCCAUCUUUAUCCGUUCAAUCACACAAAUUUACGUCAUCUGAGCCAAGUUGGAGCUGGAUAUUACGGAACUGUGCAUAAAAUGCAACACAACGAAAGUGGAAGACUUAUCGCCGUUAAGAAAAUACGAUACAACAACAUUUGCGACCAGACUCGUCUGCUCAAAGAACACGACACCCACAUGAAGUCCGAGAAUGUUCCAAACAUUGUAAAGUUUUUUGGAGCAUGCUUCAGUGAGGGUGAUUGCUGGAUUUGUAUGGAACUGAUGGACAUUUCGAUAGACUUUCUUUACAAACGGGUAUACUCGGUGAAAAAAAGUCGGCUGAAUGAAAACAUCAUUGGGCAUAUUACAGUUUGUAUUGUAGACGCUUUGGAUUACCUCAAAAGAAAACUCAACAGAAUUCAUCGCGAUGUGAAACCAUCAAACAUUCUGAUCAAUGCAGCUGGUGAUGUAAAACUUUGCGAUUUUGGAAUAUGCGGAGAUCUUGUUGGAUCCUAUGCAAUAACUGUUGAAGCUGGCUGUGUUCAAUAUCUCGCGCCGGAACGAAUCGAAAAUAUGGACAAGUAUGAUAUAAGAUCUGACGUUUGGUCGUUAGGAAUUACCUUGUACGAAAUCGCAACUGGAGUGUAUCCUUACAGAGGUUGGAGUAAUCAAAUGGAACAUAUUGAAAUUGUUGUAAACGGAGAUUCUCCAAUACUUCUACAAAAUAUGCACAACCUGCACUAUACGGAUCCACUUUGCCGAUUCAUAAACACCUGUUUGAGAAAAAAUAAGGAUGAUAGACCCAAAUAUGUUAACUUGAAAACAUUCUCCUUCUACAAAAUGUACGCAGUCGGAGGUCCUGAUAUUGAAGAAGCGAAGAGGAUUCUUGGGCUUGAAGCCAUUGAUGCACGGGACCACCCAGUCGAGCAGAGAGCUUGAUACAUAUGUGAUGAUACUCCAAAUGCCUCAUAAUUUUAAGACAGUUUCAUUCAAUUAUUAUUGUUUCAUCUUUAAUGCUCUCUAGAAUCUCUCCACUUUCAAUAAUUUGCCAUUUUCUUUAACAGUAGAUUUAUCCAGUGUAUUUUUUUGGGUUUUACUUUCUCACUUAAAUAUUUUAAUUUUUUUCUGUUUUAUUGUGCCAAAUUUCAAUGGAUCUCCGUCAAUCUUGCUGAUUCAAUCUUUUUCAUAUUGCACUUCCAGAUUUUUUAUGAUGAAUAUUUCAAAUUAAAU